UUGUUAUUGAUAGGAUAAAACACGUGACCCCACAUGGCCAUAGUUGUCCUUUUAUUAAGGGAUUUUGUUCAUUUCCGGAACAGCAGCAGUACGUCUAUUAUAAAUUUAUAAUUUAUAAAUACAUAUAUAAACGUAAAUAAUAAUAAUAAUAAUAAAUUGAUAAUAAGAGAAACACACGUCCCCCACUGGCGCAGCAUAUGGCGCUUUUCCGUAUCCGCUGCUACAAUACGCUCCCUCUGUGCACUUAUCUUCACACAACGCAUUUUCAGUUCUUCCCAUGCUAACGGCUAGUAGUAUGCUGCUCCUCCUCCUCUACGCCGCGGGGGCCAUUCUAAUCGCCGCCUCCACAUUUGCAGCGGCGGUCGACACCGAGGUGCAGGCGCUGCUCUCUUUCAAGCAGAAUUUGGACGAUCCACGCGGCGCGCUAAAUGGUUGGGAUUCGUCCUCUUCCGCCGCGCCUUGCGACUGGCGAGGAGUCCUCUGCGACGCCGGCAGGGUGACCGAACUUCAGCUCCCGCGUCUUCAGCUCUCCGGCCAUCUGAGCUCGCAGCUUGGUAAGUUGACGCUGCUGCGGACGCUGAAUCUCCACUCGAACAACCUGAACGGAUCCAUUCCUGGAGAGCUCUCCGACUGCACGCUCCUUCGCGCAGUCUAUUUACAGCACAACUCGCUCGCCGGAGAGAUUUCACCUGCUUUUUUCUCAAGCCUCACGAAUCUCCAAGUCUUCAACGCAGCACAGAAUCUCAUCUCCGGCGAGAUCCCCUCCGGAAUUCCUGCGAAGCUCCGGAUACUCGACUUGGCGUCUAACUCACUGUCAGGCGAGAUUCCGACGGAUUUUUCGUCGACUCACCGUCUCCAGCUCUUAAAUCUCUCGUCCAACCGUUUCUCCGGCGGCAUUCCGCCAACGAUUGGAAUGUUGCAGCAGUUACAGUAUCUACGCCUCGAAAAUAACCAACUGUAUGGCACUAUUCCCUCCGCUAUAUCAAACUGUUCAUCCCUCAUCCACAUAAGCGCCGGCGACAACAUGCUCUCCGGCAUCAUUCCAUCUUCAAUAGGCUCACUAAGAAGUCUUCAAGUCAUCUCCAUGCCGCGCAAUCAGCUAUCCGGCGUCGUUUCGUCCUCCUUAAUUUGUAAAACCUCACCAUUAAAUGCUACAGUCAAAAUCCUUGACCUAAGCUUGAAUGCCCUCACGGGAAUACAGAACACUGCAAGUGCAACGUGCGCCGGGGUACUCGAAGUCCUAAACCUUCACGGGAAUCAGAUAAAUGGUGCGUUACCUGAUUUUGUAAUCAAUUCUUCUUCAACCUUGAAGGUUUUAGAUAUUUCAUGGAAUUUCAUCUCUGGUCAUUUGCCUGAAACUGUUGAGAAUCUGGCAAAUUUAGAGGAGCUCAGAAUGGGGAACAAUUCAUUCACUGGUCAAAUUCCAGAGAGUGUUGGCAAAUGCAGGUUCUUAAGAGUGCUUGAUCUUGGGGAAAACCAGUUUUCUGGUUUGAUACCACAAUUUGUAGGGGAGAUAAGGAGCUUGACAACCCUAUCCCUAUCUGGGAAUUUGUUCACUGGUAACAUUCCUUCCAGCUUAGGCAAUCUUUCUUUGCUAGAAUUUUUGGAUUUAAGUGGUAAUAAUCUGCGUGGGACAGUGCCUCCAGACCUAAUCAGGCUGAGCAAAUUGAGCACUCUGAAUCUGAGCAACAACAGAUUUUCUGAUGAACUGUUGGUAAAUAUUGGUGAGUGGACAAGCUUGGAGGUUCUUAACAUGAGUAGCUGUGGAUUUUCUGGAGCUAUUCCACCCAGCAUUGGAAAUCUGCUGAGGCUCACAUCUCUUGAUUUGAGUAAGCAAAACUUGUCUGGACAGCUGCCUUUUGAGCUAUUCAGCUUGCCAAAUUUGCAGGUUGUGGCACUGGAUGGAAAUUCGUUAUCUGGAGAAGUUCCUGAAGGAUUUAGCAGUUUGUCCAGUUUGCAGUACCUGAAUCUUUCAUCGAACGCAUUCUCCGGUCAUAUUCCGGCUACUUAUGGUUUUCUGAGAUCAUUAAGUGUUCUUUCAUUGUCUUAUAACCAUGUGAAUGGCUCAAUUCCUGUGGAAUUGAAGGAAUUGAGCAACUGUUCUGACCUUCAAGUGUUGGAGCUCAGAGGAAACAGCUUGAGUGGUGAAAUUCCGGCAGAUAUAUCCCAUUUGUCUGAUCUGCAGAGGCUUGAUUUAGGAGAGAAUGAAUUAUCUGGUGAAAUCCCAGAAAGCAUUUCUAACUGCACCUCUUUGGUUAGUCUUUUACUGGAUUCAAAUCACAUUUCAGGUGAGAUUCCGGAAACAUUGCCAAAGUUAUCAAAGUUAGCAGAGUUAGAUGUCUCAUCAAAUAACUUGUCCGGUGUUAUUCCAUCGAGUCUCUCUCGAAUCCCAAACCUGCAGCGAUUGAAUCUAUCGUCGAAUAACCUUGAGGGCGAGAUUCCAGAAGCAUUGGCUUCUCUGUUCAGUGAUCCUUCUUCCUAUGCUGAUAACAAACACUUGUGCGGGCGACCGUUGAAUAAGAACUGUAAGAAUAGGCAUCGGAGAAUGAGGCUGAUUCUUUUUAUAGCUGUUGCAACUGCUGGAGGUGUAUUGUUGUUGUUGUGCUGUUCUUGUUAUGUGUACAGUCUCCUGAAGUGGCGCAAGAAGCUGAAGGCAAAAGUGAUGGGAGAGAAGAAAAGGAGUUCGAGUUCUGGUUCAAGGGGGAGUGGAAGAAGUGGUGACAGUGAUGGACCUAAGCUCAUCAUGUUCAACAACAAGAUCACAUAUGCAGAAACUGUGGAAGCAACAAAGCAGUUUGAUGAAGAGAAUGUGCUGAGCAGGGGGAAGUAUGGGUUGCUAUUCAAAGCAACUUAUGCUGACGGAAUGGUGCUGGCGAUACGGCGCCUUCCCGAUGCUUCCAUGGCGGAGAACACCUUCAGAAAAGAAGCUGAGUCUCUAGGCAAGGUUAAGCAUCGAAACCUGACAGUUCUUCGCGGCUACUACGCCGGCCCUCCUCCUGAAAUGCGACUCCUUGUUUACGACUACAUGCCGAACGGAAAUCUCGGGACGUUGCUUCAAGAGGCUUCGCACCAAGAAGGGCAUGUCCUGAACUGGCCUAUGCGUCACCUGAUCGCAUUAGGCGUGGCGCGGGGGCUGGCAUUCUUGCACUCGAUAUCGAUAGUGCACGGAGACGUGAAGCCUCAGAAUGUCCUGUUUGAUGCUGAUUUCGAAGCCCAUCUUUCUGAUUUUGGGUUGGAUAAGCUUACAGCAGCCAUUGUUGAGGCUUCAAGUUCUUCCACUCCCGUCGGGACAAUUGGGUAUUCGGCGCCGGAAGCUACAUUGACAGGGGAACUGACUAAAGAGGCAGAUGUGUAUAGUUUUGGGAUUUUGGUGUUGGAGAUCCUAACAGGGAAAAGGCCUGUGAUGUUCACACAAGAUGAGGACAUUGUCAAAUGGGUCAAGAGGCAGUUGCAGACAGGGCAGAUCUCGGAGCUGCUCGAACCGGGGUUGCUAGAGCUUGAUCCGGAGUCAUCCGAAUGGGAAGAGUUCCUCUUGGGAGUCAAAGUCGGGUUGCUUUGCACGAUGGGUGAUCCCAUGGAAAGGCCUUCCAUGUCGGAUGUUGUUUUCAUGCUUGAGGGAUGCCGGUUAGGCCCCGAAGGUCCCUCGUCGGCCAAUCCCACAACUUUGCCUUCGCCCUCGCCUUCGCCCCACGAAAGUUAAUUAAACAAGAAAACCAUCAGGUAUAUUUAUUUGAUUGCUUUCACCAUUUGUUCAUCAGUGCCUUGCUUGUUAUUAGUUACACAAGUUCUAAUUCUAUGGAUUGUUAUAUUUAGCUUGAUUCAAGAAAUGUUAGCAACUAGAUUCCCGCCAUAAGAUGUUUUUAAUUAUAAAGAGGAGGGCACAUGGGAUAUCAGGGUGACAGAAAAAAGUAGCCGUUACAUUGAGCAGUGGUCAGAGUAGUCUGGGAAAGUGAUAAAAAAUCUAUGGGAAAAGGAGCAGAAAAGAGUUAGAAUUAUUUCACGUGACUUAACCAGUAAGUUGACUAGAUGUGGCCAAGUAGGAUAUGACCCACCCCCUUAAUUUUCUGAAAGGAA